GCAGGAGUUUGAGUAAUUAGUGACAACUAGUAGACAACAUGGAUAUGAUGAAGGAUAAUGACUAAGUUUUUAGCUAAACCUUGAGACUGGAUUAAAUUGGUUUUUGGUGUCCUGGAAGACGAAGAGAUGCUUAAAGAGGAAUCCAAGGUUGUAGAAUUAGAAGGUGUAUGAAUUUUCUUUUCAAACUUUUCAGUUUGUUUUUUAAUCUGCUCUCAGUUUCUGCUGUAGAUGAAUGUACGUAGCAUGCUGUUCCUACAGUAUUUGUGCACAUAUUAUUUGCUGUUUCUUGACUUUUAAUUUUAGUCCAUGAAUAAUUUCAGAUUGGAAAGUCAUUUCACUGUAAGGAUCCAAUUAGUGAUGCAUUAGCAGCGGGGCUUAAAACUUGCAGAAAGGUUAGCGCCGUAACUCAGCAUGUGGUGGGUGGACAUAUUGUUGUGUGAGCUCUAUUAACUCAGAAUAAUUUGCAGCAGCAUUUUAAUCAGUGCAGCUUCAUAUAGCUGGUAGACCCAGUAAGUCGAAAGAACUCUGAUUAGCUCAAAAUGGAGGGAAUUACAACAUCCUGAUUGGCCACUUCUUUAAGUAAAGCGACUUCUUGCAUUGAGUUUGUAAUAACUGAACAUUUCACUGUCACCGUUUCUGUCUUGUUAUUUAAUUCACACUUGAAAUCAUUUCCAAAAGUUUGACUUUCCACCGAGUGCAUGUUCAAAUGUGAUUUUUGUCAUGUUGCAUUAAUCCAAAUAAGGUUUUAAUCACACAUUGUUGUGUUGUGUUAGCCGACUGACUGAGCACCAAUGUGUCCAGUUGGGUUGUUGUCAAGGUUUUGCUGCAUUUCUUCCAUUCAAACGACACUUGUAGUGCCAGUACAGCGAUGCAUAUCUGUUCCUACAUCUUUUCACAGAUAAAUAAAAACAAAUGGGCACCAAUGCACAAACAAGUGCACUAUGUUGGUUCUUUUCUUCCAGCAUAAAAUACUUUGCUCUGGCCCAUUUGUUGCCUGCUGUAGCGUGCUGUGAUGCUCUCGGUGCGAUGUGUUCUCUUCAACAGUUACUUGCACCAUAUCAAGCAGACCAGAUCCGGAGGGGUGUGGAGAGGGGUUGUUCCCAUGGAGACCACCCGUUGCAUAACAACAGUGGGUACUUAGUGUUGCUAGACCAGGAGGGAAUAAGAGAUAAGAACGCAAGGGAAGGCCAUAAACAAGAAUUAUUCCUCUGGCAAUUUAGAUUUAGGGAACAAUACUUAGGAGUUGAAUGUUGUUAAAGGUGGAGCCUAAAUGUGAGCAAUGUACCAUAAAAUAAAUGUAUAUUCCUUGUUGUGUGCAGGGCUGCUGGUGUUGUUAUACUGUAUAAGUUGCAGUACACCAGUGAAUCUGCUGCCUUUUAAUAUCAGCCCUGACUCGUUCAUAACACGUGCUCCUGUUUCCAUUUGUUUACCUUCUUGUCCAGUAAAGAAGUAUGGUGUAGGGGAGGAAAAUGAAAUCUUGCAAAGUCAAUUAAAACAUAUUGACUGGAUUAUAAGAUAAGUGCAUCCUAUUAGGUCUUGCUGUGCCUGCUGUAUCACUUGAUGGCAUUGAAAACAAAUAGUAUCUGAUUGGUCUGCAGGCCCUGAGGGGUCUAUACUGUCAUGUUGUCUGUAGCAGUGUACAUAUGUACAUAGUAUCCUGUUGGCUGUGCUCUGUAAUUGGGGUGAGCUGGUAUCUAUACAAAGGCAUCAGGAAAAAAUGUGAUGCUUGGUCAGUGUUUUCCAGGAGUUAUUACGGUCAUUUAAUGCAGUUUAAAUUCAUGGAUGUUUGCAAUGCUACAACAAUCCAGCAGAACACUACUGUUUGUUUUUAAAGUCACAGGGUCCACAGCUUAUUCAAUGCUUAGUGAACAAAUAUUUGGGAAGUAGAUGUGGCUUUUGACAUGAUCGUAAAUAAUAUUAUUGUUUAUAAAGAGAAUAAUGCCAUAUGUAUUUAAAUAAUUACUAGUUCUUAUAGUGUCAAACUUCAGGUCCAACGUUAACAUGACACAUUAUUUUGUAACAAGUACAUUUUCUCAAGUAAAAAGGCCAGAGUUGUGGUAAUAUAAUGGGCCCAUAUAGAAACUAGAUGCUCAACAUAUGUGCAGUUUACGUGGAUCACACAGGCAAGCCGCUUUUCGGCCUAAUUUGCAUCUGCAUAUGUCCUACAUAGGAAUUCAGGUGAGCUGUGAAGGUUGUGGUAUUUGUCAAAUACUCUUGUUCAGCAAUGCCCUCCAAUAAGACAUCUGAUCUAAACAUUUUUAUAAAAAACAAACAACCAACUGUAUUAAUGCAUGUUUGUUUUACCCACCUCCCGCUGAACUGAGCACCAGGAGCUACAAGUUCCACUUUUUGGAUUCAAUAAUAUCCUACUGACCAUCUUAAGCAAUACUAUAAUCACAGCACAUGGAUACUGUAGAUGAUGGGCAGCAGUGGUAGUGUCCUAAAUUUAGACACCUCUCAGCUUGUCAACUAAAUACCAAUGACAACAGACAAGUUUACACACCAACCCACCCACCAACUUAUUCAGUCAGCCACUGAGGCGGACAAGGUCUGACUGCAGCCCCCACUGCUGGGGAGAAAGAUCGCCCUCGUAUCCAGUGGGAGUCACUCGCUUCUCACCUUUCUGACUUCCUACCCUGAGGCACAAACUGAGACUCCUUUCUUCUGAGGCUCCUUCAGGACAGGUUACACUGAUGUGCACUGACCCCUGAGACUCUCUGCCUCACCCCCAGUCCUCCAGUGAACAGCCAUGUCCCAGUUCUCUACCAUGUCGACCAGGGAGAGGAAAAUUCAGGCCGCAGCAAUCUGCCGGGAGUUUCAUGGCCAGGAAGAUAUCGAGAUGGAUCUGGGCAAGAAGAUGAGCGUACCAAAAGAAAUUAUGCUGGAGGAGCUGUCUCUCUCUUCAAACCGUGGCUCCCGUCUCUUUAAGAUGCGCCAGAGGCGCUCGGAGAAGUACACUUUUGAGAGCAUCCGGAAUGAAAACAACAAGCAGCUCAGUAACUCAGAAUCUUCUCACCUAGAAGAUGGGAAUCAUCAAGUUGGUCACAGUGGGAAGAGCAACACAGAUGAUAGCCAGCCUUCAAAAGCACCGAUCGACACGCCGGAUACAGGAAUGGUGCCAAAUCCAGGCAGUAUAGCCCCAGGGUAUGCAGGUCCUCUGAAAGACAUCCCUCCAGAGAAGUUCAACUCCACAGCUGUCCCAAAGUCCUACUCCUCUCCCUGGGAGCAGGCCAUUAACAGUGACCCAGCCUUAGCUGGCAUUCACACCACCUGCAUAUCUGAGCCAGAGCCAGAACCAGCCCGACCGGGUUAUAAAAGUUUCAACAGGGUGGCCAUGCCGUUCGGUGGCUUCAGCAGUGCACCAAGACAUCCACCUGCCCAGCAGCCCCAAAUGGAAGCCCUCCCUGAUUUCCCUGAACUUCAAGGCGAAACAAAAGUUCAUCGUCCCUCUUUUAACAGAUCCGCUCUGGGGUGGGGAUCUCCAAGUGGUCACGUCGCCUUUCCUGCUGUUUCCCUCGGGCCUGUGCCCAUCCCUGAGUCAGAUGACCUCUGAACACAAAGUGACCUCACACUGAGGUGCUGUCAUCGUAGUGGUUGCUGUUAAAGGUACAGUAGGGGGGAUGAACAGGUUGGGUCAAUACAGACCAAUGAGUGUGCAGCAUCUUUUGGUUUUGCGGGGAAUAUUUUUCUUCUAGAAUGAAGAGAGCUUGUUAUAAAUGUAUGUGAUUUGGUUUAUUUCUAUUAUUUCAGGUUUAACUCAAUAAAUAUAUUGGUCUAAAAACACUAUUUUUGGGUUUUAUAUUUCACAAUACAGCCUCAGCUUCUUAAUUCACAGUGUAAAGUGGAUGUAUGUACCACUCCAAGUCUGCAGAUCUCAGGCUCACAUCAGUGAGUGAUGUGUGCCAUAGCCAUAUGCAAAGCCAUCAUUUACUGCAUCGUGUGAAGGGCUAGAGAUACAUGUGAGCCACUGUAACACGCCUCAAGGUUACACUGACUGACAAAUCAAAUCUGCUUCACUGACACCAGUGGCUUGAAUGAUGUGUCUCCCAC